AUGCGGGUUGCUCAGGUUCUCCUCUAUUCGCUGUCCAUCGUGACGGUGAUGGCCGCCCAGAGCACGGCCGUCAACGAUAUCAAUGAACUCGAUAUGGCCUCGGUCAUGCCGGCGCCGACCGCAACAGGGGACCCGGAACCCACCGAACCCACGACCACCAGUUCAUCAUCAUCAUCAAAAGAAACGAGCGAGAGCAGCUCGUCGACCAGCGAAGACUCGAAGACAGACAAACCACCACCCGCCACCACCACAUCGUCUUCCACCAGCGAAGAUUCCAGCUCCACGGAGCCGCCGACACCCACCACCACCGACAAGCAUGAAUCCACCACGGACGACCCCAAGCCCACCCCGGACAGCCCCGCGGAGAGUACCUCGGAGUCGUCCAAGACCUCCACGAUAAAGACCAUCACCACCACCAACACCAUCAGUGGAACGCCUGUCCCGACGGUCAUGACCACCCCAGUCGAAGCCGAGGGCAGCGACUCGACCGGUUCGCCCGGUCUGAACGCUGAGAACAAGGACGGAGACUCGGGUCUCUCGAGCGAUCAGAAGAAGAUCAUCAUCGGCGUGGUGGUGGGUGUCGGCGGUGCGAUCCUGAUCGGUGCCAUCGCCGUGGUCGCCUGGAGAAUCCAUGCCCGCAAGGCCAAGGCUCAUGAUAAUGACGAAGCGGCGGACCUCAUGAGCGGGACCGCCGUGGGCUCUGCUGCUCGUGAGAAGGCCCCUAGCCCGGGAGCCGCCGGCGGGACUCCUUUCAGGUCGACCCUCGACCAGUACCACAACCCGGGUCCGAUAAACACUGCCUCGAACUUCUAG